AUGACCUCCACCGUGACGCCGCUGGUCUUUUACGGCCCCAUCAUACACUCUCGUAGCCUCGAAGAGCUGGAGAUACUCGAGAAUGCAACCCUCGUCAUUGAUGCCAGCGGCACCAUCACGGCCUUCAAGAAGAGCGAGGACGAUGACACGCCGAUACCUGCCGUCCCCGAGGGCGCCCGAGUCCACCACCUGGGCCCUGGUGAGUUCCUGAUCCCCGGCUUCAUCGACACGCACAACCACGCACCGCAGUGGCCCAUGCGCGGCAUCGGCCAAGGGCUGCACAUCCUCGACUGGCUCGACCAGGUGACGUUUCCCUUCGAGGCGCGGUUCGUCGAUGCCGCCUACGCGCGCGCCCUCCUACGAGGAUACCGUCGCCGACUUUCUGCGCCAGGGCAUCACGACGGCCGCCUACUACAGCUCGCGCCACGCGAAAGCGACGCGCAUCCUCGCCGACAUGUGCGCCGAAAAGGGCCCAGCGCGCCCUCGUCGGAAGUGCAACAUGGGACCGCGGGAGGGUCGAUGCCACGCGCGCCCUGUUUCCGGACCUCGCGGCACGAAGCGAAGGCGGACCUCUACGAGCACUUCGGGCUGCUGGGCCCGCGCUCGAUCCUCGCGCACUGCACCGUCAUGACCGACUACGACAAGGAGAGGCUGCAGGCGCUCGGGUGCGGCGUCGCCCAUUGCCCAAUCGCCAACAUGACGGUCGGCGGCGGGUUCAUGGUGGCGCCUGUGCGGGACCUGCUGCGGCGCGGCGUCAAGGUCGGCCUCGGCACCGACAGCGGCGGCGGCUGGGCAUCGCAGAUGCUCGCCGUCAUGCGCCAGGCCGUCAUUGCGUCCAACGCGCGCGAGGUCACGGACGCCGCCGACGAGGCGCUCACGCUCGACGAGGUCUUCUACCUGGCGACGCUCGGCGGCGCGCGCGUGCUCUGCCUCGAGCACCUCGUCGGCAGCUUCGCCGUGGGCAAGCAGUUUGACGCGUCGUGGGUGGCGGCGACGAGCGGGCUGCGGUCGGCCAUGACGCCGCGCGAGGACGACGACGGGCUCCGGAGGCUCUUUGAGAAGUUUGUCAUGACGGGCGACGAUCGGAACAUGGCGCACGUCUAUGUCCGAGGACGGAGGGUCGCGGGCGCGCGGCAUGGAGAGGCCUCAUGA